AUGUCUUCUUCACCGCCUGUUCUGCUGCUGCUGCUGCUUGGAGGGGGCGGGUUGCCGUGCCUGCUGCGGGUGCACGCUCGCGUCAUCCACAGAUCUCCCGCGCGCGAAGGCAAGAGGCAUGCUUGGUCGCCUUGGACGCCGUUGUCGUCGACCUGUGUCUGCUGCCUCGACGCUGUGAACAAGACGCCUAUUCUUUGUUCUGCCCCCGACCGUGGCUGGCGCUUCCUCGCUUCGUUGCCGCCAUUCACAAGCGCCAUCGCCCCGCCCCAGCCAUCCAUCCAUCCACCCUCCGGGCCUCCAUCCGCCUGCCCACUCCCAUCUGCGAUCGGCGCCAGGCAAAAAGCCGCCGUUACUGGGACCUGGGACCUAGCCUGCACCGCUUCCUGCCGUGAACCCCGUCGGCCCUGCUCUGUGCCCACUCGACCUCUGUCCUACCGCUGUUGCUGCUGCUGA